AUGACGACGACGUCUACACCAGUAUCGCCAGGGCCGUCGAGCCCGCCACUAGAACAAACGAAGCCGCAAGAUUUCAUUCCGCCAACGCGGCCAAGUAGUACUCCGUUUCCUAAUGCGCAGCAGGGCCAGGUGGAUAUACGAUGUCUAACGUGCCAACCGGCAUGCCACGACUCUGAAGAUUCCAUGGUUAUGAGCCCCGUGACUACGCCGACCGCCGACCAGUACCCCCAGCAGUCUCUGAUGACUUUACCGGCAGAGAUUCACGAGUGCAUCUUGGACCACCUCUUCGGGUACCGGGUAUCUACCACGUCGCCCAGCUCUUUGAGCAUACCAAGUGUCAAUGCCCGCAGUUGGAGCACCGCGCUUCGCCAUUCGAGGAGGAAAGAACUGUCCAAUCUGGCUCUGGUCAUGCCACUGUGGAGGGAUCUGGUACAGGAGCGUCUCUUCCGCCAUCUCAAGCUCAAGGCCACAGUCGACGAAUGUAACGAGGUAAUGGACUUCUUUGUGCAGCGUUCCCACAUGAGAACAUAUGUUAAGCACAUCGAAAUAUGGUUCCCCGUUUUCCAGCCUAAGUUUGGCUCGGCCGGAGCGCCCAACUCAUCCCUCGCUCUCCCGACUGUCUCCCCCGAGGGUAUCUCAAGCGCGCAAUACGCUUUGCCGACGGAUAAUUCGACGUUGGAGGAUGUAUUCUAUCUCGUGAGCAACUCGUUCCCAGAGGUGCGGGUCAUGACACUCGAAGGUGGAGAGAGAAAGAAGGCCCCCAGAGUCAAAUUCAACCCGCCAGCUCCUCUUUGGCCGGCGAGGGCUCAUCCGGUGCCCAGGGACCUGCCCGAGGUCCCUUCCAUUCAGACCCUGGUCAUCAAGAGCCAAUGGAACAUCAUCCGUCACUACAAGGACUGGCAGUUCAUCUCCAACGCGCUACCAAACCUGGAAGAGUGGCACGGUACCUAUGCGAAGCCCAAGAGUAAGAGUUAUUUGAGCAUGGCGGGCACUCUUGAGAUUCUCGAUUCGAAGAUUACCAAGCUGAAUCUCAGCCUGGAGACCGACUACAGGCGAGAGCUGACAUGCCCACCGUACUACCUGAAGGUCUGCGAACAGCUUCAUUGGUGCGAGAAGAUGGCUAAGGCAGCCAGUAAACUGGAGCAUUUGUCGUAUACCGGUCGUAUUUGCCACAGUUUCUUUGAUCUCUUAGCUAAGCACUCGAAUCCGCGGACAAGCAGGCUGAAGACCAUUAACAUCACUGUCAAGAAUUGCUGCCGCCAAAAUGCUCAAUGGAAUGAAUCUGGAUCGGGCAUCACCGACAUGCAUUUUAUCAAUGCAUUCGAGCAGCUGGUGUUAGGGGGCAUACGAUGCUUGGAGCGGCUCAAGGAGGUGAAUCUCUUACGAAUCCGCUUUGUUGAUCUAGAUUCACCUGUUCCUCCCUUGAACCCCUACUUCAUCAUCAAGGAUGGUUGGUGCUCUGGCGUCUGGAGUGACGAAAUUGUAGCGGAGCUCAAUCGCGUUCGGCCAGACGCUCGCUUCGAGUCCAUGGCUGAAAGUUUCGGCGAGGUUGGCUUCAAUAAAGAAGGCCGCUUGGUCAUCAGCCCCGACUUCCCCAAGUCACACGUCCUCUCCCUUAAACUUGCGAACUACGCCAUGCUUUCCGGAGGGAUCACCAUAGUGUGA